AUGCCGAACAGCAACAACAGCAGCAAGAAGAACGCGAGCAGCAGCAGUAGCAGCAACAGCAACAGCAGCAGCAGCAGCAGCAGCAGCAGCGGCAGUAAUAGGAACGACAGCGGCAGCAGCAGCAGCAACUGCGACAGCAGCAGCAGCAGCAGCAUCGAGAGCAGCAAGGAGACCAGCCCGGUUAGCAGCGGCAGCCUCUGCAAGAGCAGCAGCAGCAGCAGCUGCUGCACCAGCAGCAACAGCAACAGCAACAGCAGCAGCGCCAGCAACAGCAGCAGCAGCACGAUGGCGGGCCCUGCAGCAGCAGCAGCAGCAGCAGCAGCAGCAGAAUCGCGAAAGCGAAAAGCUGCAGAUACACCCGAAGUCUCCGAACUUGUGAUGCAGUUUUAUAACCAAAAAGAAGAACCCGUUGGCUGCCAGUUUUCAGUGCCCCUUGCCAUCACCAAGUCGCAGCUGGAGCAGCUGCUGCUGCAGGUGCUACGGGAAGCAGCAGCAAAUGAUGAAGAGGCUUUGGCUGCGCUGGAGGGGCGGCGCUUCUCGCUGUCCCUCAGCAGCAGCAGCAGCAGCAGCAGCAGCAGCAGCAGCAGCAGCAGCAGCAGCAGCAGCACGGAAAUAAAGGAAACCCUAGGAGCUGCUUUUGCUGCUUCCGGAGCCAAAGGAGCAGAACAAAUUUUCAAAAUCAAUUUUAGACCUCUCGCGGUUUGGCGCUUUGCAGGCCAUGAGGAAGCAAUAUUGGCGACGGCGUUCAGCCCUGAAGGCAGCAGACUGGCAACAGCAGGAGGGGAUACCACGGUUCGGCUGUGGGACCUCAACACGGAGACGCCCCUGAAAACCCUCAGAGCCCACAGCAAUUGGGUGCUUUGUGUCUCUUGGGCUCCUCACGGCCAGCUGCUUGCUUCUGCCGGAAUGGACGGCACAGUCUGCAUCUGGGACCCUGACGGGGGGGCCCUCGCGGGGGCCCCCCUGAAGGGCCACAAGCAGCCAGUGACAAGUUUGGUGUGGCAGCCGCUGCACUUAGUUGCUGCUGAAGAUGCAGCAGCAGCAGCAGCAGAAGCGGAGGCAGACGCAGCAGCAGCAGCAGCAGCAGCAGCAGCAGCAGCAGCAGCAGCAGCGGAGAAGGCGGCGCAGGCCAACGAAGCCGCCGCCGCCGCGAAAAGCCAGAAGCGCAAGAGCAACAGCAGCAGCAGCAGCACGAAGGCGCAGCCAGCAGCAGCAGCAGCAGCAGCAGCAGCAGCAGCAGCAGCAAAGGGCUCGAGCCAACGCAUUUCUGCUGCCUGGAGAAAACGCCUCGGGUUUGCGCUGCCGAGCCUCCUCUUGGCGAGCGGCAGCAAGGACUGCACUGUGCGGAUCUGGCGAACGGGGCAGCAGCAAGCGCUGAGGGUUUUGAGUUUUCAUACUCAGCCUGUUACUCAAGUAAAGUGGUCUGGCGGCCCCCAAGGGCAUGCACACUGGGUGAACACUCUGGCCCUGAACUCCGAUGCGGUGCUGCGCCGGGGCCCCUUCGACAACCGGGGGCAGCAGCAGGCUUUUACUUCCUUCGCAGAAAUGAAGGACGCUGCGGAAAAGAACUUUAAUACAUUUAUUAAAGAGUGCGGCGAGGAGGCCCUGCUCUCCGGCUCAGAUGACUCAACUCUUAUCCUCCGCAGGCUAAAGCCCAACGGGUCUUUUGAGGAAGUGGGGCGGAUGACGGGGCAUCAGAAGCUCAUCAACUGCGUAGGGCUGUGGAACGGGACCACUGGCCAGUACAUGGCCACUUUGAGGGGCCACGUGGGGCCUGUCUACCAGCUGGCCUGGGCCGCAGACAGCCGUUUGCUGCUGUCAGGCAGCGGCGACAGCACUUUGAAAGUGUGGGACGCGGAGCAGCAGCAACUCAAAGAAGACCUCCCCGGCCACGCCGACGAAGUCUACGCCCUCGACUGGGCGCCCGCUGGAGGCGCAGCAGCUUCGGGGGGCAAAGACCGCAUGCUGAGGAUUUGGAGGCACUGA